AGCGAUGCGGCUACAAAUCGGCCAAGGAGGUGGAUCGUAAAUUAGCACGUGCCCCUCGCUGCUGACAUCGUUUAUUAAUGCUUUCGCGAUGACUGGCCAGGGGUUUGUACUGAAAUUAUUUUUUGUUUGAUAUUGAAGACAAAACAGGAAGACAAGAAGAAGCAGAGAAGAAGAGAAGAAGAGAAGAGGAUAUAACAAGAGAAUAUAGCAAGAAAAGGAGACAAGAAAGGCAUUCACAAGGAGGAUAUAUACCCCCUAGCAAACCACCACUCAAAUACUGAGCGCAUCUGAUCUCUGACUCAGAUUCAACACCAUGGCCCGCGACAAACCAGCCCCGACAAAGCUCUCAGAGCAAGAGCGAUUCGUGUCGUGCAUCUCAGAUAUCGCGCUCGCGCUCGUCGAGUCGCUGCAGACCUCCAACAAAGACGUCAACCUCAACGGCCUCGUCGGCCGGCUGUCGAAAAAAUACAAGCUCAAGCAUCAGCCGCGGUUGACGGAUAUCAUCUCGGGCAUCCCUGAUCAGUACAAGAAGUAUCUGCUGCCAAAGUUGAAGGCGAAGCCUGUGCGGACGGCGUCUGGUAUCGCGGUGGUCGCUGUCAUGUGCAAACCACACCGAUGCCCACAUAUCGCAUACACAGGCAAUAUCUGCGUCUACUGCCCCGGCGGUCCCGACUCGGAUUUCGAAUACUCCACACAGUCCUACACUGGCUACGAGCCCACGUCGAUGCGCGCGAUCCGCGCCCGCUACGAUCCCUACGAGCAGGCGCGCGGCCGCAUCGAGCAGCUGCGCCAGCUCGGCCACACGGUCGACAAGGUCGAGUACAUCAUCAUGGGCGGCACGUUCAUGUCCCUGCCGAUCGAGUACCGCGAGUGGUUCAUCAGCAACCUGCACAACGCGCUCUCGGGCUACUCGACCCCCUCGCACUCGACCACGCUCGCGUCCGCCAAGCUCGUCGACGAGGCAGUCACAAUGUCGCAGUACUCGCAGACAAAAUGCGUCGGCAUCACGAUCGAAACCCGGCCUGACUACUGCCUCGACCAGCACCUGUCCGACAUGCUCCGCUACGGCUGCACCCGCCUCGAGAUCGGCGUGCAAUCAGUGUACGAGGACGUCGCGCGCGACACCAACCGCGGCCACACCGUCAAAGCCGUCUGCGAAACCUUCUGUCUCGCCAAAGACGCGGGCUUCAAAGUCGUCUCGCACAUGAUGCCGGACCUGCCAAACGUCGGCAUGGAGCGCGACCUCGAUCAGUUCCGCGAGUACUUUGAAAACCCGGCCUUCCGCACCGACGGCCUCAAGAUCUACCCGACGCUCGUCAUCCGCGGCACGGGGCUCUACGAGCUCUGGAAAGCAGGCAAAUACACUUCCUACCCCGCGACCGCGCUCGUCGACCUCGUCGCGCGCAUCCUCGCCCUCGUCCCGCCAUGGACGCGCAUCUACCGCGUCCAGCGCGACAUCCCGAUGCCUCUCGUCACCGCCGGCGUCGAGAACGGCAAUCUGCGCGAGCUGGCUCUCGCGCGCAUGCGCGACUUUGGCGCGACCUGCCGCGACGUGCGCGCGCGCGAGGUCGGCAUCCAGGAAGUGCACCACCGCGUGCGGCCGGAGCAGGUCGAGCUCGUCCGCCGGGACUACACCGCCAACGGCGGAUGGGAGACUUUUCUCGCGUACGAGGAUCCGAAGCAGGAUAUCCUCGUCGGCCUGCUGCGUCUGCGUCUGUGUUCCGAGCGCACGACGUUCCGCAAGGAACUCAAGGGCCAGCGCACGAGUCUUGUGCGCGAGCUGCACGUCUACGGCAGCGUGGUCCCGCUGCAUUCGCGCGAUCCCCGGCAGUUUCAGCACCAGGGCUUCGGCACGCUGUUGAUGGAGGAGGCGGAGCGCAUUGCGCGCGAGGAGCACGGGAGCGCAAAGAUCAGUGUGAUUAGCGGGGUGGGUGUGAGGAACUAUUAUGCGCGGCUGGGGUAUUUCUUGGACGGGCCGUAUAUGUCCAAGAUGUUGUGAUGUAUAUAGGUUGUAGUGGGAUGGGCAUUGUAGGCGUUUAUCUGUAUUUACGAUU